AUGGAGAGAGAUAUGGAGAUGGAGUUAUCAAAGUUUAAGAGAGUUUGUGUGUUUUGUGGUAGCAGUCCUGGUAAUAAAACUAGCUAUAAAGAUGCUGCUAUUGAACUUGGAAGAGAAUUGGUUUCAAGAAAUAUAGAUUUAGUUUAUGGAGGAGGCAGCAUUGGUUUGAUGGGGUUGAUUUCUCAAGCUGUUUACGAUGGCGGUCGACAUGUAAUCGGUGUGAUUCCCAAAACACUUAUGCCAAGAGAGCUUACUGGAGAAACAGUGGGAGAAGUGAAAGCAGUAGCAGACAUGCAUCAAAGGAAAGCUGAAAUGGCUAGAAAUUCUGAUGCCUUCAUUGCUUUACCUGGUGGCUAUGGUACACUUGAGGAGCUUCUUGAGGUGAUAACAUGGGCACAACUUGGCAUCCAUGAUAAACCAGUGGGUUUGCUAAAUGUUGAUGGAUACUACAAUUCUUUUUUGUCUUUCAUUGACAAAGCUGUGGAGGAAGGAUUCAUUAGCCCCACAGCUCGUCAUAUAAUUGUAUCUGCCCCAACACCAAAAGAACUUGUCAAAAACAUGGAGGAAUAUUUCCCACAGCAUGAAAGAGUUGCCUCAAAGCUAACAUGGGAAAGUGAUCAGCUAGAUUAG